GCAUGGUUUUGGUCAGUUUUUGUAUCAAACACAAAUUGGAAAAUACUCUUUAUUCUUGUUCAAUUGUUAAGAAUUAUUGCAAUGGCAACCUCAAAGGCUCUAAUUGCCAUCUUUCUUCUCUCAGCUCUUCUUGUCCAAUUUGUCCAUGCUCUACCUCCGCCUGCUGGUGGCGCGGUAAGUCCCGCACCCGCUGGACCGAUAGAUUGUGACGCGUCAUGUUUAGUAAGGUGCAGCAAGUCGAAGAGGCCAAACUUAUGCCAAAGGGCGUGUGGAAGUUGUUGUAAAAGGUGCCACUGCGUGCCACCGGGUACUUACGGCAACUACGAAGCUUGUCCUUGCUACGGAAGCUUAACCACCCGUGGCGGAAGGCCCAAGUGCCCUUGAUUUCUCUGUUUAAUUACCCCUGAAUUGAAUUUCAUGUUUGUUUAAGCAGCUACAUUAUUGCUUCUAUUUACUUCCUAUUCAAACAUCAAUUAUGGUCAAUGUAAACAGCAAUUAUGGUCAAUGUGUACUACUCAUUGUCUUUUUCUUUUUUCAAUUGUAACAUUAAUAUUCCUUGAAAUAAUAAUCACAUAUUCAUAUUGGUUAAUAAAA